GAAUUUCACCCGGAAGUACAUAAUUCGCAUGUUGUUGCUGGUGCUCGUGUUGUAUCCUGACAACGGUAACUAAGUUAAAGACAGCAAGCGUAUUGUAUCUACCGAGCUAGUAGAAGUGUAGGAGUCUUAACCUACUCCUUUUACACUGGGUCCAAUAAUUCACGUUUACAUCUCAGUUCAUGCAGUAAACUGCAAAACCCGCUCCGAAACAUUUACAGUAGAUUAAAGUAAAUUUUCUGUGGAAAUUAAACAUGGCAGACGAUGAUCGAAGGGAAGAAGAUGAUGAAAGAAAUCCCGGAUUACAGCAUCAAAUGUUUGUGAUUAUGGAGGAUUUAUUAGAUAAACUAAAACUGUUGGAUUAUGAAGAACAAAUCCUUGUAAAGCACAACAUGAAACCUCUAUCCAGGCAUUAUUUUGUAGGAAGUCCUUACACUGUGAGUAAUCCUGGUGAACAAUUCUACAUGUUCAGUGUCAUCGCAGCGUGGCUCAUAACACUGUGUGGCCGCUUCUUUGAAACACCACAGGAAUAUGACGACCCCAAUGCGAUUGUUUCAAACAUUCUGACGCACCUAAGGGCACUGGGUGGGACAGUUGAUUUCCCUCCAUCUAAGUUGAAGUCUGGUUCUGGGGAGCAUGUGUGUUUUGUCUUGGAUCGCCUGGCAGAGGAAGCUCUGAAGUGUAGACAGUUUGUCUGGAAAAGGCCUCUCUACCCCUCAGAUGAGUUGGAGGAAGAGUGUGUGGUUGGAGAUGAUGCUGAGCUCACUCUCAGCAAAGUGGAGGAGUUGACUGAGGAGGCUGAUGAGGAAGAGGACGUUAUUGAUUUGGAGGAACUGAAGUCCAGAACUAGUCAGAGUGAAGGGAGUGGUCUGAGACCUGAGAUGAUCCUUGAGUCAGUGACUGAUUCUGCAGAGUGGAAUCUGGAGGUAGAGAGGGUUCUGCCCCAGCUAAAAGUCUCUGUCCGCACAGAUAUUAAGGAUUGGCGGGGCCAUGUGAGCCAAAUGCAUCAGCACCAGGAUGGCAUCAAAAGCUCUUUGAAAGAAGCCAAGGCAUAUUUGAAUAAGCUGCUGGAGGAGAUCAGUAAGACUCAGGAGAAAGUGAGCAGCAGAGAAAAGUACAUCAAUACACAGCUAGAACACCUAAUCACAGACUACAGGAACGCACAAUCAAAAUACUGUGAGGCCAAGGAGCAGUAUCAGCAGGGCAGUGGAGGAGUGAGUGAGAGAACCAGAAUCAUAGCAGAGAUCAGUGAGGAGCUUGAGAAAGUCAAACAGGAGAUGGAUGAGAAGGGUAGCAGCAUGUCAGAUGGAGCUCCAGUAGUAAAGAUCCGGCAGAGUCUGACUAAGUUAAAGCAGGAAAUCCAGGAAAUGGAUGUGCGUAUGGGUGUGGUGGAACACACACUGCUGCAGGCCAAACUCAAGGAAAAGGACAAUAUGACCAGAGACAUGCAUGCCACACACAUCACAGAGACACACACCUACUCAUAACCAUAUAUAUAUAUAUAUAUAUAUAUAUAUAUAUAUAUAUAUACAUAUAUAUAAUUUUUACCAAGGCCAUGUGCAUAAAAUGUGUUGAUUUUUUCUCUUCUUUAGUGCCACAUUGCAGAUGAAAACAUUUGUUUGAAAUUUAGUUUUUGUUUUUUAGUUUGCAUGUGUCCAUUUUUUCCUAUUCUGUUGAUUGAUCUGGACAUUUACUUGAGCUUUUAGCUGUGUGAUCUUAUUGUACUCCUGUCACAUGUAAUGAUUGUGUACAGCUGUGUAUGUAAUAAAGUGUGUUUGAGUGUA